AUGGCAUCGACAUUCCGGCGUAUAAAACCAGCACCGCUAACGGAACGAGUGCGUACCCGGGAGGCCUUCACCUAUAUGUAUCGAGUCUUGCGGGUGAUUGGCUGGCUGCCCCCAAAGGAGCUAUUCUGGCGAAAUGUGUAUAGCAUCUGGACAUUUGUCUUCUUCGUCAUUGUCGUAUUCUAUCUACCAGUGGCAUUCCUCAUCAGCUAUGUGACGGAGUUUCGAAGUUUUUCGCCGAGCGAAUUUUUACUUUCAAUUCAAGGUGCCUUCAAUGUGCUAGGUGCGUCGAUAAAUGCCCUGAUCACAUAUAAUUGUCUAUGGCGUUUAAAAAAAAUACAGACCAUAUUCGACAGAUUGGAUGAGCGAUUAUUGAACGACGGGGAUCGUCAAAAGAUACACGAUAUUGUUGCGCGUUGCAAUUAUAUCUUUCUAAUCUACACCUUUUGCUAUUGCAUCGGUGUGGCCGUCCAGACCGGGGUGGUGGUGAGUGGUAGUCCGCCUUGGGCCGUCUAUAUUCCAUUUUUAAACUGGCGGGCUGGCAAAGUCAAACUCUACAUUCAGACGAUCUUAGAGUUUAUUACUGUGACCUUCGUCGUGCUGCAUGCGCUAAUUCCGGAAGCAGGUCCCCUGCUUUUCGCGCUCAUUUUUCGAAAACAUUUCGAAGUGCUAAAGGAUCAUAUACGCAAUUUACGCAUGGAUCCCGACAAAACGGAGCAGGAAAACUACGAAGAACUAACCAAUUGCAUUAUGGAUCACAAGCUUAUACUAAGAUGCUGCGACUUGCUACGUCCUAUGGUAUUUAACACAGUCUUCGUGCAGUUUGUGUUGAUUGGAUCCAUCCUUGGCUUGACUCUAUUCAACAUUUUAUUCUUUGCGAACUUGUGGGAAACCUUUUGCGGCAUGAACUAUGUUUUCAUACUUUUCUUGCAGACCUUUCCCUUUUGCUACAUCUGCAAUUUGCUAUUUCUCGACGGCGAGGACUUAGCCAACGUGAUUUUUCACUCCAACUGGGUCGACAGCGAGCCCCGCUUCAAAAACACUCUGAUUAACUUCAUGCACCAUGUGCAACAGCCGAUCAUUUUUAAAGCUGGCGGCAUAUUUGUCAUCUCCGUGAACAGUUUUAUAACCGUGGCCAAGUUUGCUUUAACUAUUAUAACCAUAGCAAGAGAAAUGAAUUUCGUUGAAAAUUUUCAGUAGAAACAAGCGGAUCUACUUUUCCCACAGUGAUGUGGCAACACUCUAAGGCUUAUCGUGUUACACAGGCGAAGCUGCUCCGCAACUCUACAUAGUUGCUUAGAUGGUCGGUGAAAGAAAAAUCGACUCUCUUUACGAAAAGCUGAACGCCCUAACUCACCUAACCGUUUAAAUUAAUACCAUGUGCACAGCCAAAGCCAAAGUUACAAGAACUGCACUAAAUGUUCGGUGUAAAUUGAAGU